GCGGUCCCGGAGCCGGGCAGAAGCUUUAAAUCUGCUGUGUUUUUCGCUUCCUCCCCGCGAAGAUCAGCCUCGGGCUGGCCCAGAUCGGAGACGGAGAUCUGCUGCGCCAAGAUCCCAGGAUGAAGCAUGAGCAGCCGUGACCACGCUGGAUCUUGAGUGACCUGCUGUCUGUCGUUAAGGAUGGCUGCCUUGGGGUUAUUCCUUGUCUGGAGCCUGCUCUUACCUGCCUUACUCCUGGCUUUGUACCUCCCGACUCCAGAGAACUCUACUUGGCACUUGCCUCUGAAUUCUGUCCCACAGUCACCUCUGUUGGAAGUCCCCUCUAAAAAGCCUACUCAAAGGGCCCUGCCAGUCAUUCCCCACUCAGAUUCCUCUGGCCAUGAGUUCUCUAGUGGUGACGGGGAAUUGAAGAAUGAGAACAGCCAAGGUGCCAGUCCAGUUGGCCACCCUAGAGUUACAAAAUCCAAGAGGAGGUUCAAGCUCCUUGCAAAGGGGGUACCAGCUGGUUCUUCUGGUGGAAGUUUAGCUCCCCACUUGACUGAGGAGAGUCUUGUUCUGCCAACCGAAGGCUUGCUCAGUGUUCAGGGAGAGGUUGAGGAUACUGGUGGUAUAAUUCGGGAACGAAGUCCGAAACAGAGGAGGAAAAAGCUCCCUCUUCCUUCUUUUGGCAUAUCAAAGAGAAACAUGUCCACCUCUGUGGCGGCCCCUCUUCCCACUUCACCCAGACUAGUGGCCUCAGAACUACCUGUCUCCCAGGAGGGAUCCUUGCCCAACCUCCACCAAGCAGGGUUCAAACAUGGCCUCCCAGCAACUACCUUAAGCCCCAGGCCCACCGUGUCCACCAUUCCUUUGGCAACAUUCCCUGUUAACAGAUCUCUUGUCAAAUGGGAGGUGGUGGAGGAUGCCGAACCUAAGGUUGGUGCUUCAAGAGGAUGGUUGGAAAACAGCGUGUCAGAGCAGGAACUGCUGGGCCGGAAUCUAACCACAGUAAAAUAUUUGGCUUCAUACAAGAGUAGACAGGUCUCCAGUGGCCUCCUUGGCCAGGAAGAGCUUUCUACGUCUCCGCUAAGGCCUGUGGUUCAGGCAGCUGGAGAUGCUCAGAAUCUCCCUGGGCAAGAUAGAGAUGUACCACCGGUGACUUCCCCUUCUCAGGAAGGAAUAGUUACCCCACUGAUUGGGAAGGGGCAUAGGCAAAGCCCAGCAAGCUUCCAUCCGCCUGUUUCGGAUGACCACUUCCCUGUCCCUUUCACCCCUUCACUGUUAGGGGUGACCCCCCAAGAACCAAAUCCUCAUCUAAGAAGCACUCAUUGGAACCUGAUCAUUGAUACCACCCAGCAGCCAGGACUUUGGGACACGGCUGGAAUGGAAACCACUAUCUUUCAAGGCAGCUCUGCUUCCCCAGGGACUGGAGAAAUGCCUGAUAUUGCAGAGCCCCAACGAGUCAGGGGAGCUGUGAACCCCAAAGUCUCUCUCACAUAUUUUGACUCUUCUACCCCUGGACAGAGCCCCUCCAAAUUGCAGGAUGAUGCAGGAAUCAAGCAUUCAGAUCCAGCUUGGAAGCACCCUUUUGGGCAAAGUAGCACUGUGGUCUCCACUACAUCUGCUCGUCUUCCAGCUACCCCUCGCCGUGGGUUAAUCCAAGUCACCACACAAAGAGUUGUCCAGCAUCCUCAGUUGCCUAAGCCGGAGCCAAGCCUGCCUGCCAUGCUCCCUGCUUCCAAUCCACCUUGCCCCCGUCUUGGAAGCACCUGCCACCAGCUCUUGCCCAACAAGACCCUUCUGCGCUGGGGGGAACUUGAGCAGACACUGAGUUUUGCCUGGGCACUGCACGUCUACGGCGCUGGAGUGCUUUUUCUGCUGCUAAGCCUGUUUAGUUUGGCAUGCCUGGGGGUAUCCCUUUCUUUGCACAGGACACAGCUUCCCUAUGUCUUGGCUGCCAGUGGUCUGCUCCUGGUGUUUGGAGUACUGCGAGCCACGUUCUUCCUGGCUGACCCCUAUGGCUCCCUGGGCCGGCUGCCUACCCGUGCUCUGCGACUGCUAUACACUGCACCUUUCCCUCUGCUGCUGAGCACUUUCACGGUACUUUUGCUCCGCUUGGUUCAUCAGGCCCGGCUGCAGAUCUUGCCCCCCAGAUGGCAGAGCUUGCCAUUUUGGGUUGCACUGAGCUCCCUACACAGCAUCGUUCUCUUGGGGGCUGACUUGUUGUCCCCUCCAAUGCACUCAGCUGUGUCUGUGGGACUCCACACCCUUUCCUGUACUGCUGGUCUCUGCCUCCUGCCAGCCACCGUGUUUGUGUACUGGCUGCUGCGGCACAGCCACGGGAUGGAGGGCACCCUGGAGCCAGGCAUAUGGCGGGAAGCCUGGGUGUUGUUGGCAAGCAGUGGGUUGGUAUUGCCAUGCUGUGUCCUGCAGUUCUAUGGGGUACUGUGGCUCUCAGGGGCAUUGGGACAGCCGGACAUUUUCACCUGGGGCUGGUGGUUUGUGCAGUUCUGGUUCCGGAUUGGCGAACUGGCACUCUCCUUUAUUUUGGUCUCAUUAGCUUGGCAGGCACUUUGCCAGCACCACGACACCACCGAGCAUUCUUGCUGGGCCAAGCUCCUGAGCUACUUCUGCGCCUACCGCAAGGCUGAGGUGCCGGAGUACCCCAACAAUUGCUACGACUGGCCUGGCGGAGUCCUGGAGAAGAUACCCAGUCACAACCUCAAUAAUAACUUGAUUCGGAACUCCCCUACCGGUGGGCUACUCUGGGCUCUCAAGGACAGCAACGACCUGCGAGCAAGACCCAGCCAAGGUGCUAGCCCCUCUCCGAGGCGUGCAGGCUACAGCCCCAAGUGCCCCAAUGUGGCUGUGGCAGCAGCGAUGGGCCGCUCUUACACCAGCAUCUGUUUCGAGCGGGAGUCAGUCCUCUCGUUGGCUGACCUGGAGUUCCGCCCACCCUCGCCCAUCAACCUGAGCCGCAGCAUCGACGAAGCGCUCUUCCGCGAACACUUGGUGCGCGAUUCCAUCUUUUUGCGCUCUAGCCUGCGUUUCCCAGCACGCCAGGACUCCUGUGCCUCACUGCGUGGUGACUGCUCCACAUUGUCACAUGCAGCCCAGCCCCUGCUGGCCCAGCCCCGUCGGAGCAGCGAUCCCGAUUGCCUGUAUAGCUUAGCGCGGACCAGCUCAAUGGGAGAUCUCGUCGGCCGAGGCCUGGCCAGCGAGCCCGCCACAGACACAUCCCUGGGCAGCUUCUCGCGCACCUCCUUCUCCCGGGCAUCCCUGAAAAUCAGCUGGAACCCCUGGCGCCAUGGGGUGUCCUCUCCUGAAAGCUUGCCCUCAGAGGAGCUGCCCAGCCAACAGCUCCAGGCGCAGUCAGAGGAUCUCCCGCUGGCGCCAUCUACCAGCGCACCAAACUCCGAACGUGAGGCCCGGAAGAGCUUUCUGGCGCUCAGCAAGCAGGUGGAUUCCCGCAGCCUCUCAAGUGACACUAUUGAAUUGUAAGAUGGGACGGGAGCUAAAAGCCCGUCCACUAUCAGGAAUGGGUAGCCUGCUGGGGUGUGGGGCUCAGAGCAAUUCCACUUCCUUUUUAAAAGCCGCGGGGCUUUUUGCAGCCCCAACCAUUUGUGAAAUGGGCCUACAGAGGGUGCCAAGCCUCCCUUGUAGUGCCCACCACAUAAUAAUGAGUAAAAGCACACCCUACGCUUGCCGGCCUCCCAGUUGUAAGAGCUGUACUGUAGCAACAGGCAGAUCCCUGGAAACUUUGCAGCAUGAAUACUGAAGGAAGACCUAGUUGUUUCUGGCAUUGAGGCCCGAGAAAGAUGCCCUUGGAGAGAAGGCAGAGUGGGGCAAGGAAGCAUUCAGCAAGGGGAUGGGAGAAUGGGGGGGCCUAGGGGAGCUUUGCAUGCUGAACAUCCCCCUUAAGACACUAUUGCAUAAACCAGCAAUCCUCAAUCUCACCAACUUUUAAGCUACAGGUAGCCCUUGACUUAAAGCAGUUCAUUUAGUAGCCAAAAUUACAGUGGCACUGAAAAAAACGAGUUAUGACCAUUUUUCACACCACCGUUACAGCAUUUCCAGUCAUGGGAUAAAAAUUUGGGUGAUUGGCAACUGGUUCAUAUUUAUGACGGUUGCAGUAUCCCGGGCUCACGGGAUCCCCCUUUUGCGACCUUCUGAAAAGCAAAGUCAAUGGGGGAAGCCAGAUUCACUUAACAACCACGUUCCUAAGUUAGCAACUGCAGUGAUUCAUUUAACCACCGUGGGAGGUCAAGAAAGGUCGUAAAAUGGGGCAAAACUCACUGAACAAAUGUCUUGCUUAAUAAACAGCAAUUUUGGGCUCAAUUGUGGUCAUAAGUCAAGAACUACCUGUGUUGAUAUGCUAGCUGGAGAAUUUUGGGAGUUGAAGUCCAUGCGUAGAAGAUGGUGAUAACCCAGUAGCAAGGGUGGGAGGGAAUUUGACCCAAGUCCUCGUAGUGCCAAUGAAGAGGUGAUAAUCCUGAGCUCAUUCGGCAACGGUCAGAUAAGAUGUCUUCAGGUAGAGCUCUAUAACAUGCAAUUUGUCUUGUGAAUCAUAGAACAUGCUGAGGUUUCUGGUUCAGUAUCUGUAGUUCAAAGGGCGGUGAUGAAUUCCGCUGCUUCACCUUUUUGUUUGGAAGGCUCCUUUGUUAGUCUCAUGAUUGGGACAAUAAAUGUGCACUGCAGAUAAUCUCUCCUUGGCUCCCAAAACAGGUGCGGCCUUUCCCCAUUCGGAUGCACGGAUGCAGAUACAAACGUCUAGAUGCAUUUUAAAAUGCUAGAGGGUCGAACUUUUGAUCUUCAUCUAAAAAAAGAAGUUUUCAGAGCCUCUUCUGGCAGACUAUACUGCCUGUGCAUCUUUUAAUCGGUCCACAGUCUAACAGAUAGUCCUCGAUUUACAACCAUGUAUUUAGUGGCUGUUUGAAGCUACAGCGGCACUGAAAAAAGUGACCUAUGACCACUUUUUUCCACACUUAAUGACCGUUGCAGCAUCCCCAUGGCCACGUGAUCAAAAUUCAGAUGCUUGACAACUGGCGUGUAUUUAUGACGGUUGCAUAAGUGUCCCGUGUCAUGGGAUCACCUUUUGCGACCUUCUGACAAGCAGAAGCCAGGUUCACUUAAUAUCCGUGCUACUAACUUAACAACUGCAGUGAUUCACUUACCGCUUAACAACUGUGGCAAGAAAGGUCGUAAAAUGGAGCAAAACUCACUUAACUAUUCUGCUUAGCAAUGGAAAUUUUGGGGGUCAAUUGUGGUCGUAAGCCGAGGACUUACCUGUAUUCCACUGUUUCAUUUAUUUUUUAAUCCAAAUCCAAAAUUUGAAUUCCUGAAAUUCAAACCUUGAGCUGGAUCCUGGGGGGAUGGAGGAGAACAAGAGUUGUACCCUGGAGUGGAAGCUGUAGAGAUAAUGUUUCUCCUAAUAGCACAACUUGUAUUUGCCCAGUAUUAUCUUAUCAGUUGCUGCAGUGGCAGAAGAGAAGAUGGUUCAAGCUAUCCAGGUCUGAAAUUGAACAGAGGCUGCUGAAUGUUAUGUGGUCUACUUGUGCCAAAACAAAAUAAAAACUUUUGCUGGAGGA